ACCGUCGGCCCCCUCGUAGGCUCCGCCAUGGCGCUGAGGAGGCCGCACCCCUCAGCGUCGCGUAUCCGGCUCCCCCGCGCGUCGCGCUGGAUGUGACGCAGCCGAAGGGGCGCUGCCGCCAUGAGAGGAUGGGCGGGAGCGCUGCGGGCGGCCGCAUCCGUGUCGGUGCCCGGCAAGUUCAGGGAGCGUUUCGAUUUCGGCGGCCGCGAUGUGGCCUCUUGGUUCCCAGGGCACAUGGCGAAAGGCCUGCGGAAGAUGCGGGCCUCGCUGCGGCAGGCCGACUGCCUCAUCGAGGUGCACGACGCUCGCCUCCCACUGUCGGGCCGUAACCCCAUGCUGCAUGAGGCGCUGGGCAUCCGCCCGCACAUCCUAGUGCUGAACAAGAUGGACCUGGCUGAUCCCCACCGGCAGCCGACAGUCUUGGAGUACCUGAAGCAGCAGGGAUGCUCACACGUUGUCUUCACUGACUGCCAGCACGAUAGCAACGUCAAGAAGAUUGUUCCCCUGGUUGCCAAGCUGGUGAGCAACAACCCACGCUACCACAGGGCCGAGAGCACUGAGUACAGCAUCCUGGUGAUCGGCGUGCCUAACGUGGGCAAGUCCUCACUCAUCAACUCCCUGCGGAGGCUGCACCUCAAAAAGGGAAAAGCCACUGCAGUCGGUGGCGAGCCAGGCAUCACCAAGGCAGUACUGACCAGAAUCCAGGUCUGCGAGAAGCCCUUGAUGUACCUGGUGGACACGCCUGGUGUGCUGCCUCCAAAGCUGGGGGAUGUGGAGACGGGCAUGAAGCUGGCGCUGUGUGGAGCCAUCCGUGACCACCUGGUGGGGGAGGACAUCAUGGCUGACUACCUCCUGUACACCCUGAACAAGUGGCAGCAGUUUGGGUACGUGCAGCGCUACGGGCUGGCCGAGGCCUGCGACAACAUCGAGCUUGUGCUGAGGCGUGUGGCCCUUGCCCAGGGCAGGACGCAGAAGGUGAAAGUGCUGACGGGCACGGGCAAUGUCAACAUGACGACGCUCAACUACUCAGCAGCUGCCUAUGAGUUCCUGCGGGAUUUCCGGGCAGGACACCUGGGCAGGGUGACGCUGGACUGAGACUUGUCCCAUGGGGGAGAGGCAGUUGCAUGGGCUGAGGACACCCUGUCGUGGAGCUCCGGGAUGUGAUUAAAGUGGCUUUGCAGGGGCA